UCCAUAGAAACUGAUCUUGGGGUCCUCCAGAGCCCCAUAGGGAUGGGUUUUGGGGUUCCCCACACAAACUGCUCUUGGGGUUCUCCAGAUCCCAAUAGGAAACUGUCCUGGUGUCCUCCAGAUUCCCACAGGAAUUGGUUUGGGGAUCCCCAUAGGAACCGGUCUUGGGUUCUCCAUCUGAACUGUCCUUGGGAUCCCCAGAGCCCCACAAGGACGGUUUCUGGGGGUCCCCACCCCAUUGCAGGCACCGCUGGGGCCGAGAUGGAGCGCAGCGCCUGAGCACAACGGGGACGAGCCAUGGAGACGGUGGUCAUCGUGGCCAUCGGGGUUUUGGCCACCAUCUUCCUGGCGUCCUUCGUGGCCCUGGUGGUGGUGUGCAGACAGCGCUACUGCCGCCCCAAAGACCUCCUGCACCCCUAUGACACCAAACCCAUCGUGGACCUCAUCGGGGCCAUGGAGACGCAGUCGGAGCCCUCGGAGCUGGAGCUGGACGACGUGGUCAUCACCAACCCCCACAUCGAGGCCAUCCUGGAGAACGAGGACUGGAUCGAGGACGCCUCGGGCCUGGUGUCACACUGCAUUGCCAUCCUGAAGAUCUGCCACACGCUCACAGAGAAGCUGGUGGCCAUGACCAUGGGCUCGGGCGCCCGCAUCAAAUCCCCCUCCAGCCUCGGUGACAUCAUCGUGGUGGCCAAACGCAUCAGCCCCAGGGUGGACGACGUGGUCAGGUCCAUGUACCCCCCGCUGGACCCCAAACUGCUGGACGCCAGGGCCGCGGCGCUGCUGCUGUCUGUCAGCCACCUGGUGCUGGUGGCACGGAGCGCCUGUCCCCAACCCGGUGACCGGGACUGGGUGGACCGAUCGCUGGCGGCCGCCGAGCAGCACAUGGCCGCCCUGCGCCACGCCGCCAUGGCCACCGAGCCUGAGAGGACGGCGGGCACCGAGCCCUUCAGGCAGGAGCAGUCGGCCAUCUGAGCCCAGUGGCACCGGGAAUGGCACCGUGCGCCGUGCCACCAAUGGUGCCACCACCAGAGUCACCAGAGCCACUGGUGCCGUCACUGGUGCCACUGGGUGCUACCAGCAGUGCCAGGUGGAUGGCACCACCAGUGCCACUAAUGCCACCACCAGUGGUGGUGACACUGAUGUCGUCACUGGUGUCACUGAUGCCACCACUGGUACCAGUCGGGUGCCACAACCAACGCCACUGAUGCCACCACCAGUGCCAGAUGGAUGCCACCAUCAAUGCCACUGAUGCCUUCAUAUAUGUCGUCACCAGUGUCACUGAUGCCACCACCAGUGCCACCACUGGUACCAGCUGGAUGCCAUCACCAGUGCCACUGAUGCCACCACCGGUGCCACUGAUGCCUCCUGCAGUGUCACCCCAGGUGCCACCAAUCCCCUGCAGGAGGAGCAGUCCCACCCGAGCCCCGGGCUACCAGCGAUGCCCCCACCGGUGCCAAUAAACGCCCCAUGACACUGC